AUGACACUGAUGCAGAAUAGCACAGAAGUGACACACUUUCUCCUGCUGGGACUCACCGAUGAACCAGAGCUACAGAUUCCCCUUUUCAUCACCUUCUUCCUCAUCUACGCCAUCACUCUUGUGGGCAACCUGGGAAUGAUCCUCCUGAUUGUCCUGGACUCUCGACUCCACACUCCUAUGUACUUUUUCUUAGGCAAUCUCUCCUUUGUUGAUUUUUGUUACUCUUCAGCUGUCACACCCACAGUCAUGACUGGGCUCCUUGUAGGAGACAAAGUCAUUUCCUACAAUGACUGUGCUGCUCAAAUGUUCUUUUUUGUAGCCUUUGCUACUGUUGAGAAUUACCUGCUGGCCUCAAUGGCCUAUGAUCGUUAUGCAGCGGUGUGUAAGCCACUAUACUAUGCUACCACUAUGACUACAAGUGUGUAUGUUUGUCUUUCUAUAGGUUCAUAUUUCUGUGGUUUUCUGAAUGCCUCCAUCCAUAUUGGGGACACUUUCAGCCUUUCUUUCUGUGGGGCCUAUGUGGUUCAUCUUUUUUGUGAUAUUCCAGCAGUUAUGAUUCUCUCUUGUUCUGACAGAUAUGUGAGUGAGCUGGUUCUUGUUUAUGUUGUGAGCUUCAAUAUCUUUUUUGCUCUCUUGGUUAUUUGGAUAUCCUACAUAUUCAUUUUCAUCACUAUCAUGAAGAUGCAGUCAAGUGCUGGAUAUCGAAAGGCUGUAUCUACCUGUGCCUCACACUUCACUGCUGUGUCUAUUUUCUAUGGGACAAUCAUAUUCAUGUACCUGCAGCCCAGCUCCAGUCACUCCAUGGACACUGACAAAAUCGCAUCUGUGUUUUACACCAUGAUCAUUCCUAUGUUGAACCCUCUGGUCUACAGCUUGAGGAACAAGGAAGUCAAGAGUGCCUUUACAAAACUUUUGCUGAUAGCAAAAUAG